GGAUGAUUUCACCCGGUUUCCUGCGCCCUGGGCGCACGGAGAGCGCAUAUAAGGCGGAGGGACCAGAGCGCUUGGCACAACCUCUGGGUCUCGGCACGUCUCCAGGAUGCAGCUCCCACUAGUUAUUCUGGCCGGCAUGGCCCUCCUGUGCGUGGCCGACCCGCUGCGCUGCCCCACCAGCUCCCGUGUGGCCCAUCUCUCUGCCGACUUUGGGGUGAAGGUUUUCCGGGAGGUGGCCAAGGCAUCCCCGGAUCGUAACGUGGCCUUCUCCCCUUUCGGGGUGGCUUCUGUGCUGGCCAUGCUGCAGAUGGCAGCUGCUGGGGAGAGCCGGAGUCAGAUCAAGGCAGCCAUGGAGUACGGGGUCAAUGAACGGGGCGUCCCCCAGGCCCUGCGGUGGCUGCGCAAGGAGCUGACGGCCCCGAAGAACCAGGACAAGGUGGACGUUGCCGACGCGCUCUUCGUGCAGCGGGACCUGGGGCUGGCCCCCGGGUUCAUGAAGACGUUCGCCCGUGCCUUCCGCCAGACCGUCAAACAGGUCAACUUCACGGAGGGCGAGCGGGCUCGCUUCAUCAUCAAUGCCUGGGUCCAGGACAGCACCCACGGGAUGAUCAAUGACUUCCUGGGGCCGGGCACCGUGGACGACCUGACCCGCCUGGUGCUGGUGAACGCGGUGUAUUUCAAGGGGCUCUGGAAGCUGCCCUUCCCGGAGGCGGCCACGCGCUGGCGCGUCUUCCACAAGUCGGACGGGAGCAGCGCGGUGGUGCCCAUGAUGGAGCAGACGGCCAAGUUCAACUACGGCGAGUUCUCCACCCCGGACCAAGUGGACUACGAUGUAGUGGAGCUGCCGUACCAUGGGGAAACGCUCAGCAUGCUCAUCGCCGCCCCUUACCGCCGAGAGGUGCCCCUGGCUGCCCUGACCCAGGCCCUCGAUGCCCGGCUGGUGGGCGAGUGGAAGACGAACAUGACCCGAGUGCCCAGGCUGCUCGUGCUUCCCAAGUUCUCCCUGGAGAGCGAAUCUGACCUGCGCCGGCCCCUUCAGCAGCUGGGCGUGAGGGACGUCUUCAACCCCAGCGCCGCGGACUUCACCAGCCUCUCAGCCGAGGAGUCUCUGUACGUGGCCCAGGCCCUGCAGAAGGUGAAGAUUGAGGUGAAUGAGAGCGGCACCAAAGCCUCCUCCGCUACAGCCGCCAUCCUCUACGCCCGGAUGGCCCCCCUGGAGAUCAUUAUGGACCGGCCCUUCCUCUUCGUGGUGCGGCACAACCCCACAGGUGCCAUCCUCUUCAUGGGACAGGUGAUGGAGCCCUGAGCGCAGGGACCCCCCUGCGCUAGGAGCAAACUGGGAAGCGAGCCCAUCUCCGGGGGCGGGGGCUCCGCCCCACCCACCCCUCCCAGCCUGAGGAGGAGGUGCCUAUCCUGUUCAGUUUGACUCUCUCUGGGGGUGCCCCCCUGCUCCCCCCCAUGGAUUUCAAGGCAGCAGGCCCCUCAAGGGGGCCCAUGCCACCCAGCAGUAGCACCAUGUAGGACUGCAGUCGCUGGGCUGUCCCUGAUGGCCGGAAAUCCCAGGUAUGCUGUCGCCCUGUGGGGCCCAGCCUGUGGCUCGCAUCUACCCCACAGUGACUCAAUUCCCCUGGACCUACCAUGCCUGGGCCCUAGGACUUGCUUGGAUUCCAAUGGGUUUGCACUGGAGGCUGCUACCUCACCCUCUCCUCUGGGGGGGUGUCAGGAACCCUCUUCUCGGUCGGGGGGCUGGGCAUGAAUGUAUGGGAGAGUAAUAUAUUGUAGAGGAGAUAAUAUAUUCCUAGCUUUGUUUGCAUUUGAGGGGGUGGGUGGGUGAGGGGGGUGCCCCAAAGGGGCGGCCAGAGCAAUGCCGUUCUAACCUUUUGUUCACUGUAGAAGCACGAACUCCCCGUUUCUUCCCCAAGAGCUGCUCUUCCGCCAGCUCGGUGCGAGCCCCAGGCCGCCUCUAGGCCUGUGUCGCUCCCCCGCCGUGCAGGAAGCCGGGUGAAGCAAUUGGCACGUGUGGCUGGCAGGGCUGCACGUGCAGAUAAGGGCUGGUGGUGAGUCACCCUCACCAGCCGCACGCAGCCCCCCAAAAAUAUCAGCAGCUGUUUAAAAAUAACUGAGGUGGUGUGGGGCUUGGACAGUCAUGUUUUCCCACCCUCUCACCACCAGCGGCCUCCUCCUCGGUGUGAAAGGAACAGCACAUAGGGUGGGGAUUUAAAUACCCCACCACCAACCCUACGCAUCCCGCUCAGCAGUGCCUUAAAGGGAUGUGACAUUAGCCGCCCUGCGGCACCAUCCAUUUCCCUCUACCCCCUCUGGGGGCUUUGGUGCGUGGGGACCCCUCUCCCCUUUGCAGCGAGGCAGGAUUUCUGUACUUUGGCAGUGAAUUGUAUGGGAUGUGCCCACGUGUGGGGGGGUGUAUGGAUUUUUGAAUGGAAGGGUUUCUAUUCCACUUUUGAUAUGUAAGAAAAGCAAUAAAGAAAUCUCUAUGGAAA